UCAAACAGCAGCGUGUGCUAAGGACUUUUAUUUUGGUCUGGCAAUGUGACGCCAUAAGGCUGCGUCGCGCUCCUGGGUUUGUUGUGAUCCGGCUGAAGAAAGAGUGUCCAAACACAAACUCCUGGUGAAGCAGCUGAGAUCCACGUGACACACUGUUAUAAAGAUGGCAUUUAUUAAAGAGGAGAGUGAAGAUGUAAAGAUUGAAGAAGCAUUCAGAGUCAAACUAGAAGACACUGAAGAACAAACAGACCUGAUGGCCUUUAAAGAGGAGAAUCAAGAACUGAAUGAAAUGGAAGAGAAAUAUCAGAAUGAGAAACAUUUUUUUAUAACUGGAGAAAAAUCCACACAAACUAAAAAGGGUUCUUCACGAAAAAGAGCUAAGAAGACCAAAACUAACCGUUAUUUCACCUGCCAACAGUGUGGAAAAAGCUUCACUCAAAAACAAAACCUUACAGUCCACAUGAGAGUUCACACUGGAGAGAAGCCUUUCAGCUGCCAACAGUGUGGGAAGUGUUUCAGUCAGAAACAAAACCUUACAGUCCAUAUGAGACUACAUACUGGAGAGAACUCUGUCAUCUGCAAACAGUGUGGAAAACGUUUCACUAAAAAACAAAACCUUGUUAUCCACAUGAGAAUUCACACUGGAGAGAGUUCUUUCACCUGCCAACAUUGUGGGAGCAGUUUCACUCAAAAAGGAAACCUUAAAGUCCACAUGAGAAUUCACACUGGAGAGAAGCCUUAUACUUGCUCUCAGUGUGGACAGAGAUUUGCACAUAAAAACACCCUUAAUUCCCACAUGAGAAUUCACACCGGAGAGAAGCUGUUCACCUGUGAUCAGUGUGAAAAGAGCUUCACAACAGAACUAAACCUUAGAUAUCACAAGAACAUUCACACUGGAGAGAAGCCAUUUGUAUGUGGCCAGUGUGGAAAGCAUUUCACACGUAAAGUAACCCUUAAUUACCACACAAGGAUUCAUUCAGGAGAGAACUGUUUUAAAUGUAAUCAGUGUGGAAAGCGUUUCGGUCAUAAAAAAAGCCUCAGCACUCACAUGAGUCUUCACACUGGAGAGAAACCUUACACCUGCAAACUGUGUGGGAAGAGCUUCUCGCAAAAAGGAAAUCUUAAGACUCACAUGAGGCUUCACACUGGAGAGAAGCCUUUUUCGUGUCUUCAGUGUGACAGGAGUUUCACUUAUCAAAGAGACCUGAAACGUCAUUUGCUAACUCAUUCUGGACAGAAAUUGCAAAGUUCUAAUUAUGACCUGAGGUUUAGAAAAAACAGCGAUUUUAAAAAUCACCAGCGCAUUCACUCUGGAGGAAGGCCAUUUAAUUGUGAUCAGUGUAACAAAACAUUUAUUUUGCCAUUACACUUAAAGAUACACAUGAAAAAUCAUGAAAAUGUGAAAUCCUAUUUGUGUUCUUUGUGUGGAAAGAGUUUUAAGUGGUUCGGCAAGUUAAAAUUGCACCAGAAAAUACAGAUCUGUGUGAAAUUAAGGAAACGUUCACACCACAGCUGAAUAUCUCAGAUGUGAUUGUCCACAUUUCACUGCCUUUUUUUUGUUUGUUUGUUUUUUUUUUGCACAUGAACACCUGUAUCUACACUUGACCAUAUACUUGUAGUUGUACAUUUUGAGGGGUUGUGUAAGAAACCCUCCCAUUUAUAUUGUAUAGAGGUGUCAUUCCAUAAAAUUAUUUGUUAAAUUUAUACUAGUGUAAAUGAGAGAUUAAUAAAAUGACAAACUGAAUGAAAUAAUGAA